AUCAACAAACAUCAGAAAUUUCUCUACUUAACACACAUAGAAACAAUCUUUUCUUUAAAACUUCCAAAGCGCUAGCUAGCUUGUUUUUUCUCAUCUUAAAAUCACUCAAAGAAGACUCAUUCCUAAGUGACAGUAAUGGCACCUAAUGUUUUUGGUCUUGCAAAUAAGGCAACUGGUUUGGCCAAGACAAAAAGUUUGUCUAGCCGUGCCUAUGUGACGUUUUUAGCUGGAAACGGUGAUUACUGGCAAGGUGUAGUUGGCUUGGUUAAGGGAUUGCGUAAGGCAAAAUCUGCUUACCCACUUGUUGUGGCUUGUUUGCCUGACGUCCCUGAGGAACAUCGACGUAUACUCAUCAACCAAGGUUGUAUUGUUCGAGAGAUCGAGCCAGUUUAUCCCCCGGAGAACCAAACUCAAUUUGCUAUGGCUUAUUAUGUCAUCAACUAUUCCAAACUCCGUAUAUGGGAGUUUGUGGAGUAUAGCAAGAUGAUAUACUUGGAUGGAGAUAUCCAGGUGUUUGAUAACAUAGACCACCUUUUUGACUUGCCAGAUGGUUAUUUCUAUGCGGUGAUGGAUUGUUUCUGUGAGAAAACAUGGAGUCACACUCCACAAUACAAGGUUGGAUACUGCCAACAGUGCCCAGAUAAGGUCCAGUGGACUCAAGACUUGGGCCCUAAGCCAUCACUCUAUUUCAAUGCUGGCAUGUUUGUCUAUGAGCCAAGUCUCUCCACUUAUGAUGAUCUCUUGAAGACCCUCAAAGUUACCCCUCCUACCCCAUUUGCUGAGCAGGAUUUCUUGAACAUGUAUUUCAGAGAUGUAUACAAGCCAAUUCCAAACAAUUACAACUUAGUAUUAGCUAUGUUGUGGCGUCACCCUGAGAAUGUUGAUCUUGACAAGGUAAAAGUUGUUCACUACUGUGCAGCGGGGUCAAAACCAUGGAGGUACACUGGCAAAGAAGAGAACAUGGACAGAGAAGACAUUAAGAUGCUAAUCAAAAAAUGGUGGGAUAUUUACAAUGACAUAACACUAGAUUACAAGAAUGCCAACGUGACUCCUGUUGUUGAUGACCAAGUUGAAGCUAACAAAUUAAUGACAGCGAUAUCAGAGCCUGAUGUUCUGCACUACAUAACUGCUCCAUCUGCCGCUUAGAAUACUGCUUUCAAAUUGUUUUUUUUUUUCUUUCUGAUUUGACUUUGGGAUAUAUAGAAAUCCUAAAGCAAAUUAUACUACUACUAGCCUUACAGAGUGCUUUGAAUUUUCUUAGAUUACAAAAGAUUAGAGAUUGUCUGUGGAAUAGGGGAGCAGGCAGUUUCAGUUCUACUACAAGUUUCGAGUGUUGUAUUUCUUUUCCAUGUUCUUUUGUUCUGUGGAUAUUGAAAGAGUACAUAAAUGGAAGUACGUGUUUAUAUUA